AUGGACGUUAUUCCAUCAACCACCCCGGAAGAGGCCGUGCGCGCCUCCGCGAAGAGAACCGCAGAUCUUUUCGGCCCCGAAUAUCUCAUGGUCACACCCUCCGUCGCGAAUGGCUCGAUUGGCGUUUCCUAUCGACGAAAAACAGAAUAUGAACACGUGAAGGAGCUCCCUCCAGCCCUUGCUGCGAAACAAGCACAAGCCGCCGCUGCGCGCUCCAAGCGGCCUAAGAUCAGCGCACCGCCGCAGGGAGCGGGCACCGGGGAUAAGAGUGGCGCGUCUACAGCCCUUGUGAGGAGAGGUGGUCGCGGCCCUGCGGGUGGUGCUGCGGGAGAAGACAAACCGACGAGCUUGAUUCAGAGGCCAUCAGCAACAAGGCAACAACCACCUGAGUGGCAUGCUCCGUGGAAGCUGAUGAGAGUGAUCUCCGGCCAUCUGGGAUGGGUGCGGAGUUUGGCAGUGGAGCCGAAUAACGAGUGGUUUGCUAGUGGUGCUGGUGACCGAACGAUUAAGAUCUGGAAUCUUGCGACCGGUGCGCUGCGAUUGACUCUUACGGGUCACAUUUCAACCGUUCGCGGGUUGGCCGUGUCUCCGCGACACCCAUACCUGUUCUCUUGUGGUGAGGAUAAGAUGGUCAAGUGCUGGGAUUUGGAAACGAACAAGGUCAUUCGCCACUACCACGGCCAUCUUAGUGGUGUCUACACUCUUGCGCUCCACCCCCGACUUGAUCUGUUGGUUACCGGAGGUCGAGAUGGUGUCGCGCGUGUCUGGGAUAUGCGCACCCGAAGUAACAUUCACGUCCUCUCCGGCCACACCGGCACUGUCGCCGAUCUACAAUGCCAGGAAGCUGACCCGCAAGUCAUCACUGGAUCCUUAGAUGCAACCGUUCGUCUUUGGGAUCUCGCAGCCGGAAAGACCAUGGGCGUCCUCACACACCAUAAAAAGGGUGUUCGUGGCCUUGCCACGCACCCUCGCGAAUUUACCUUCGCGUCCGCCAGCACAGGGAGCAUCAAGCAGUGGAAGUGUCCCGGCGGCGAGUUCAUGCAAAACUUUGAAGGCCACAACGCCGUCAUCAACACCCUCUCCGUCAAUGAAGACAACGUCCUCUUCUCUGGUGGUGACAACGGCUCCAUGUCCUUCUGGGACUGGAAGACCGGAUACCGUUUCCAAACCAUCGACACAACUGCCCAACCCGGUUCACUGGAAGCUGAGGCGGGUAUCAUGGCUUCCACGUUUGAUAAGACAGGUCUUCGUCUGAUUACUGGUGAGGCUGAUAAGACCAUCAAGAUCUGGAAACAGGAUGACCAAGCUACGCCGGAGACUCAUCCCGUUACCUGGGCCCCGACUCUGGGGAGACAGAGGUACUAG